AUGGCUAGUUCAGGACACCACUCGGAAGCCAUACCGGUUAUUGAUAUCUCAAGCCCCUCCGAAGACGUCGCUCGGCAAGUGUUGGACGCGGCUUCCACACAUGGCUUCCUCUACAUUAAGAACGAUGGUGUGACCAUCCCACCCCAGGACAUCGAUGACAUGUUCAAGUUGUCUAAGGAGUUUUUUGCCGCUCCCAAAGAGCAGAAAUCGGAAUACGCAAUCCACUCUGAGAAAGCAGGGGGCAUAAACCGCGGGUGGGUACAGAUGCAAGGCGAAUCUCUGGAUCCUGAAGGUCAAAAGCAAGGCGAUCCGAAGGAAGCAUUCAACAUCGGGCCCCCAAACCCAAACCUCCAACCCCUACCUUCACCUCUCCAGGACUCUUCCAAGUUGAUUACCCGCUUCCAACAUUCCUGUCACACCCUCUGCACCCAAAUCCUCUCUCUGCUCAACACCGCCCUCCAAAUUCCCGACCCCAAGUACUUCAGCACGCGACACGACCAAUCUCUCGGCCCAUCCGGCACCAUCUUCCGCAUGCUCUACUACCCAUCCACCCUCUCCCAAGGAAAAGGUUCCAAGCAAGGCGAAACCAGUAUCCGUGCAGGUGCACACUCGGACUACGGUAGUCUAACUCUCUUGUUCCGUCUUCCGGGCCAGCCCGGCCUUGAACUGUCUACGCCUUCAGGGUGGAAGGCAGUGCCGGUGAGCCCAUCGCCAUCGUCAUCGCCUCCAAUCCUGGUCAACAUAGGAGAUUUACUGUGUUAUUGGACCAAUGGUAUGCUGAAAUCGACAGUACACCGUGUUACUUUCGAGGGUGGACAGGAGAGAUACAGUAUGGCGUACUUCUGCCACCCGCUGGAUGAAGCAAGGUUAGACGCUGUACCUAGUCCCGUGAUAGAGCAGUUUGGCAACAAGGGCGAGGAAGAGUUGAGGAGUCAGAGGAAGAGAUUGGGGUUGAGAGAAGACGGGCUUGGAGAGGAAGUGAUAACAGCCAAAGGGCAUUUGGAGAGACGACUGAAAGUGACGUAUGGGAUUUGA